AAUAAAAUUUCAGUGAAAUCGCGUCAUUAUAUAAGGCACUCAAAGCUUUGAGUUUUUUUUUUUAAAUAAUAAAUAAUGAAAAACCAUUUGAAUUCUAAAGGGCAUUGAACAGCUCUUUAAUAAUGCGUUAAUAACAAAUUAAUUAUUUGUUUACCCAUUAUUGUCAGUAUUAUUCACACAAAAAUAGCCAAGCAAGAAACAAGGUAGUGUCUGGAGGUGGUGAGGAGAGAAGAGGGGAGGGAGGUGUGAAGCGGUCGGGUCGAUGUGUGUCGGGGCGCCGCCAGUCGGCGUCAUGACGCCGCCCCAGUGGUCGCCCGGCUCGGACGGCUCGCUUCCCCCGGCCGCCGCCGCCGCCGCCGCUCAGGAGAAAUUCCUGGUGGCAGUCCGUGUCCGGCCUCUGAGGAACAACGAGAACCGCCGAGCCCUGCACGUGGUGGACGACAAGAUGCUGGUGAUGGAGGACGACAGCGCGAAGCUCGGUGUGUUGCGGCAGAAGAGACCCGGUGAUCGCCAGUACGUGUUCGACUUCGUCUUCAAGGAGGAGUCUUCGCAAGAGGAGGUGUACUCUGCCACGACGCGGCCCCUGGUGAGCGACGUGCUGGACGGAUACAACGCCACGGUGUUCGCGUACGGCGCCACCGGCUCCGGCAAGACGCACACCAUGGUGGGCGAGCCGUCCAGCCCCGGGGUGAUGGUGCGUGCGCUCAACGACCUGUUCCUGUCCCUGGGCGGCAGCGAGCACCCGGACCAGUUCAAGGUGACGAUGUCCUACAUGGAGAUCUACAACGAGAGCAUCCGAGACCUGCUGAACCCCAGCUCGGGCUUCCUGGAGCUGCGCGAGGACUCCCGGGGCCGCGGCGUCCAGGUGGCGAAGCUCACGGAGGUCUCCACCACCUCCACCGACCAGGUGAUGUCGCUGCUGCAGAAGGGCAACCGCAGCCGGACGAUGGAGCCGACCGCAGCCAACCAGACCUCGUCGCGGUCCCACGCGCUGCUGAGCGUCACGGUGCGGCACACGGCUCCCCGUGGGGACGGCGACCACAAGGAGGCAGUGCGCCAGGGCAAGCUGUUCAUGAUCGACCUGGCGGGCUCGGAGCGCGCCUCGCACACCCUGAACAGCGGCAAGCGGCUGCAGGAGGGCGCGCACAUCAACCGCUCGUUGCUGGCGCUCGGCAACUGCAUCAACGCUCUGUACGGCGGGGCGCGCUUCGUCAACUACCGCGACUCGAAGUUGACGCGGCUGCUGAAGGACGCGCUGAGCGGCAACUGCCGCACCGUCAUGGUGGCUCAUGUGAGCCCGUACACGCUGCACCGGGAGGAGAGCCGCACCACGCUCCUGUACGCCGAGCGGGCCAGCAACAUCUCCAAGAAGGUGGAGCGCAACGUGCUGAGCGUGAGCUUCCACGUGUCGCAAUACCGCGCCAUCAUCAGCGACCUGCGCGAGGAGGUCUCGCGUCUGCGCGCCAGGAUGGGCGCCAACCCGCGCUUCGCCGACAAGCACCGCUCCGCCGAGAACCUGGCGAGGCUCAAGCAGCGCGUCGUCACCACCUUCGGCGAGCAGAUGAGGCUGCGGAGGAAGCUGAUGGACCUGGACGCGCAGCUGCUGAACCUGGCAGCCGAGUCGGAGAACCAGAUGCUCAACAUCUCCAUGUGGGAGUCCCGCCACAACAAGCUGUACCGCAGGAGGACUCCGGGGCCGCCCCACGCAGCGGCGGCCGGCGAGGACCCCCAGGACAAGGCGGAGCAGCAGGCCUGGGACGAGCUGGCGUACAUCGAGAAGGAGACGGAGCGCUGCAUGGCGAUGAGGGAGCGGACGGAGCGGGAGCUGGAGAAGGUCCGGCAGCAGGCGGUGAAGCUGGAAGACGAGCUGCCGCGGCAGACCAGCUCGGAGGAGGAGCGCGAGCUGCUGGGGCUGGUGUGCCGCGUGCACGAGCUGGAAGCCGACAAGCUGGCGCUGCAGAGCGAGCGGCUCAGCAGGCAGCACGAGCUCAGGCGGCGGGACCGCGCGCUGCUGCGCUUCGACCGCCAGCGCCAGAUCUGCGAGGAGAUCAUCACCCGCCAGCGCCGGCUCAUGGAGGAAGGCUCGGUCGCAGUGACGCCGGACCUCCAGCAGCUGUACAGGCUGUACCAGACGGAGCUGCAAGCCACCGCCUACACAGGCCUCUCUCCCACCGCGCAGUUGUCCCCGUACAGCAGUAACACCGCUGAAAGCAACAAAGACAAACUGCCACCCAUAAGCCAUCAAGAGGAGCAGAUGUUCCAGCGGUCGCUCCGGCUGACCGGAGGGGGUCGCCUCAACCGCACCGACAGUGACGUCAGCCUCAGCACGCCUAGCAGCCCCGGGGACUCUGAGCGGAGCUGGUCACCUCUGCCCCCGGUGGUGGCGGACAGAGCGCAGCACGGGCGCGGCCCCGCGCUGACGCCAGCGGCCGUGGAGUUCCCCGCUCUGGCCGCCAGGCGGCACUCGCUGCGUCUCGCCCCCGACAGCCGUGGUAGCGUAUCGAGCUUCCAGAGGGGAGACCACGUGACCAGGCUGCCGCGGCCGGAGCCCAGGAGCAGCAUGCAGCUGGAGAGGACCUCUAGCGACGACAACUUGUCUCUGAAGGCAGAAGGACGGAAGGCAAGAACCAGAAGCAGAUGGCGCCAGUGAGGAAAGGCGUGAUUCCUCGGCCGGAUAUGUCGUAUGAAGCUGUGUUGUCGCCAUUGUUGUCUAAAUUAGUGCCGUCUUAAACUCGUGUCUUAUAAAUGUAUUUUUCUAAA